AUGGGCAAUGUACGGAUGACGAGCUUGCCCGCCGACCGAGCCGUUGCGUCCCACGACUGCCCGACAUGCGUCAAGCGGCGAAUCAAAUGCGACCGCAGCGAGCCCGCAUGCAUCAAGUGUGCCAGCCGCGGACUCGGCUGCCCAGGCUUCAAGGCCAUCUACCUGAAAUGGGAUCAGGGCAUCGCGAGCCGCGGAAAGUACGCCGGGCGCCUGACGCCUGCCGCGAAGACGAAACCCGCGCCUGGCAGCCGAGGCCACAUGCAUGGCCAUGGCCACGGCCGCGACCGUCACCAAACAAGGACGCCGUCCGUCGACCGCGAACAAGACCCCGUCGCAAGCUUUUCAAGCGGCGUCGAGAAGAAUCGUGCGAUGCGGCGACCCCAGCAAACCUCGACCGCUGCCGCAAGCCCCGACCCGACGACUGACCGCAACGUGACGAAUUCCUUUCUCUCGGCCUCCAUGUUCCGCACCUUGAUCCAUCACUUCUGCUCCAAGGCCGUGUCGCGAUUGACGUGGAUCGACCAGCCAAUCCAUCCCUGGCGAACAAUCGUCCAGCGCCUUCUCCAGCAUUCGACCUGCGUUCAGCUCUCCGUCGCCAGCCUUGCGGCCGCGCACCUGUCAAUGACGCCCGGCAACUCAAAAGGUCAGAGAGACUCCUUGUACAGCACGUACUGCCUGCUGCGAGACCAAGCUCUGCGGAUCCUCAGCCGCAAGAUGCGGGUUGACCUGCAGGCCCGCCUUCCAGCAGCAGGGCAGGACCAAGGCAGGGUGAUGCCGGCGACCGAGAUCCUCGCCUCCAUGCUUGCCCUGUGCUACACCGAGGUCUUCGUCCCCGGCUCGCGCGACUGGAAGGUUCACUUGCAAGCGUGCCGCGUGGUGAUUAACCUGCAGCAGCUGGAGGACUGGCAGAAGGCCUCCAGAGACCCCAUCUUCACCUUUUUGCACAAGGAAAUCGUCGACCUGGAGAUUCUCACCUCGACGACCGCGUUCGAUGAAGAAGCAGCAGCAGCAGCAGUCAGGCCGCUGCCGACGCUGUCGCUGCAGUCCGCCAGCGCCGACUGCGGGUGGGCCUUCACCCCCCUCAUCCACGAGCUGACCUUGCUGGAGCGCGACAGAUACUCGCUGCAAAAGGUCAGCAGCUGCCUGCCCAGCGUGGACAUGGACCUGUGGUGCCGCCGGAUCGAGCAAGCCUACCGGGGGACCAUGUCCUCGCCCAGGCUGACCAGCUGCGCUCGCAGCCAGGCGCUGCAGCAGUCCUUCCAGGACAUUGCCCGGGCGCACUACUACGCGACCCUCGUAUACUGCUACCAAGUGCUCGCUGCGCAGGACGCCAAGACGCCCGACGUCGUGGAAGGACUGGUGCGGUGCUUGUUCCGAGACAUCCAGUCCAUCGGCGCCGGGCCCACCGACGACCUCCACCACGACCUCUUCUUCCCGCUCUUCAUCGCCGGGGUAGAGUCGACGUCGUCGCGGGAACGGCAGGUCGUCAUUGACAACUUGUUUGUUGACUCGCUGUCGCGGACCGGCAUAUGGUGCAACUACUCGGCCCUGCAGUUCCUGAGGAUCUUUUGGGCGCCCACGGCCGACCUGGAGUACCACGGCAACUGGAUACAUUUUGCGCGUGCGAACCUGUCUGCCAUUGGUACAUUCAUUGUCUUUUAA